CACACGCACACACUUCGCUCCCAUUUCACGGUAACACCUAAAAAAUCCCUUCUGGAAUUUCGGCUUCUGCGACUCUCUCUCUCUCUCUCUCUCUCUCUCCAUGCGGCACUUGAUGAAGCUUGCUAGCUCAGGAAUAUUAUUACAUUUGCGUUCUGGAUAUGGUUCUCGGAAUGUUUUGGGAAACAUCUUCUACUCGACAAUGGCGGCCACAAGUCCCUCAAAUUCGAAUUCAGGCGACUCUCUAUACAGGAGGAUAUCACCAGUGGGAGACAAUAGGGUCUCCAUCGUACCCGUGCUCGACCAGUGGGUCCAAGAAGGAAGAGAAGCAGGCAAAGCACAGCUUCUGGCCAUUAUCAAGGAGAUGAGAUAUUUCCGGCGGUACAAGCACGCUCUUGAGAUUUCUCAAUGGAUGAGUGACAAAAGGUACUUUCCACUUUCAUAUCGUGACAUUGCUGUCCGGCUGGACUUGAUCUCGAAAGUUCAUGGGAUAGAACAAGCAGAAAAUUACUUCCAUAACAUUCCGAAACAAUCCAAAGUUUUGGAGGUUUACAGUGCUCUUCUCAACUGCUAUGCCCAAGAGAAAUGUGUAGAGAAAGCAGAGGCAGUUAUGCAGAAGGUGAGGGAAGUGGGGUUGUCUAGGACAACAUUAUGUUACAAUGUUCUUUUGAAUCUAUUUUAUCAGACUGGUAAUUAUGAGAAGCUAGAUUUUCUGGUUCAUGAAAUGGAAGUUAAUAGCAUUCCUUAUGACAAAUUUACUUUCACGAUCAGGCUGAGUGCAUGUGCAGCCAUGUCUAACACUGAGGAAACGGACAAUAUUAUAACAAGGAUGGAGUCUGAUACAUCAAUUUUGUUGGACUGGAGUACUUAUGUUGCUGCAGCAAGUGCAUACACUAGGGCUGGGCUAGUAGACAAGGCUUUGAAAAUGCUGAAGAAAUCUGAGGCACUGAUAUUAGGAGCGAAAAGGAGAAGUAUCGCCUUUAAUGCCCUGCUCACACAAUACGCAGCAAUAGGGGAAAAAGAUGAAGUUCUAAGACUCUGGGAACUGUACAAGAAGAUGCACAAGAUAUAUAACAAGGGCUAUAAAAAUAUGAUAAUCUCACUAUUGAAGUUAGAUGACAUUGAAGGUGCAGAGAAGAUAUUUGAAGAGUGGGAUGCCAGCCAAGUAUGCUAUGAUUUCCAGAUUGCAGACUUGCUAAUUAAUGCGUACUCUAGAAAAGGUCUAAUGGUGAAGGCUGAAGAUCUUGUAGACAGGGCACUAGUUAAAGGAGGGAAGCCUUCUGGACGUACAUGGUACUUCUUGGCAAGGGGUUAUGUCAGGAAUAAUCAACUCCCAAAGGCAGUAGAAGCAAUGAAGGUAGCAAUUUCAAUGCAGCUACCCGGAUGGAAGCCUGGCAAGGAGUCCUUGGCAGCCUGUCUGGAAUACCUGAAAGGGAAUGGAGAUCCGGAGGAAGCAAAGGAAUUCUUAGGGCUACUUGAGAGAAUGGGUACCAUCUCAACAGAUAUUCACGAUAGAUUAUCAAAUUAUAUUGAAGACAGAAUCAAAUUGGAUGUUCCCAGCUUAAGAGAAGGGGAUUUUCUGGCAGGGGACGGGGAAAUUCCAGAGAUUUUGAAGCAGAAGCAAGAUGUUGUUUUGGAUCAAGUGCAUCAAAUUUUGGAGCCACACGUGAAUGGGAGCCGUAAAGAACCAGGCAAGGCGUCGGCUGACAAAAUUUUGGGUAAUUGCUGAAAAUUUUAGGAAGAAAAUGUGAAAAUAUGCUGGCUAUGUGCAAGAAAAUACGGGCAAUUAAUUGGGGUAAGACUUAUGAUCUGUUUGGAUCAAAAAGUUUACUUGGGAAAAGGAAAGGAAAGGAAAAGGAGGGAAACUCACUAUUGUAUUUUUCUUUUGUAUUAAAUAUUCUUGAAAAUUAAAGUUUAUUUUAAUAUGAUUAAAAAUAUAAAAAAAAAUUAAAUAUUAAUGAUAAAUUUUAUUCAUAAA